AUGUCCUCGACGGAGGCAGUACAGGAUGAUGGCCCGCCACCAUCUGUCUUGAUCUGUCUGCUGCGUCUGGACCUUCGCAUCGAAGACAAUGCUCUCUGGCACUUCGCUCACACAGGCCAUGCCCCGCCGUCGACUGCGAGGCCGACUUCUCAUAAUGCAAGCAAACUACCAAGGGAAGAGGAGCUCUUCUCUCGCUCCACGCAUCUCCUCCCUCUCUACGUCUUUGAUGAGCGCGAAGUAGAGCUCUCUGGCUUGCCCGGCUACGUUCGCAAAGGUCCCGAAGCUCGCACUCAGAACUUCAACUUUUGGAAAACGGGAGCUUUUAGAGCAAGAUUCAUCGCCGAGUCUGUAUACGAUCUGCGCUCCAGGCUGCGGGACCGCGGUAGUGAUCUGUGCAUUCGCUUCGGUCGCGUUGAAGAUGUCGUGGCCAAUUUAGUCAAGGCAUUUCAGGAUCAAAGCACCAACGUCGAAGGCGUUUGGAUGCAAAAGGAGAUGACAUCGGGCGAGGUCGGCGUUGAGGAGAGGAUCGAGGAGCGCCUGCGACCGAUCAACGUGCCCGUCAAGUACGUCCACUGCAAAACGCUCAUUCAUCCUGCGGACCUGCCAUUCGAGAUCGAAGAGACGCCCGAUGUCUUUACGCCCUUUCGCAAGAGGGUAGAAGCUCUUGGGCCCGCCAUGGUACGACCCUUGUAUCAUGCGCCCGCCGCCUUCAAGGCCUUUCCCCGCACGAUACCGCAGACGGAGGACUACUCUCUGGACGUCACGUACGAAGUUGACGUAGAUGGCCUCGCUACAGCAGAUCCUGAGUCGAAGCCAAAAGACCCCAAGCAGACGUCUUUCUAUGACAUCCUUCGCUACCUUGUCCUCCCACUCAACGAGGUCCAUUUCCCCCCCACCGUUGAAGGGAGCUCGAUACUCCAACAGCGUCACCACGCAUCUGCAUUCCCACUCCGCGGUGGCGAGUCAUCUGCACUCGAGAGGCUCGACUGGUACUUUGUUCGAGGCAAAUCGCCCGACUCAACGACGUGGGGCAAGUCCGAUCCGCCGCCCGUAGCGCGCUACAAACAGACGCGCAAUAACCUCAUUGGCCAUUCCUACAGCACCAAGAUGUCGCCCUUCCUCGCCUACGGUAGUAUCAGCCCUCGCCAAAUCUGGCAGGCUCUGAUGCACCACGAGUCCAUCUUCGGCGAGGACCAAAAUAUCUACUGGGUCAAAUUCGAGCUUCUGUGGCGCGACUACUUCUUCUUUGUGGCAGAGAAGUUCGGCGAUCUACUCUUUCACCUCGGCGGCUUUGAACUCGCUACCGACCCACCGCAAGCGCAAAAGAAGCUCGUCCCAGGAUGGUGGAAGACAUGGGACCCGAUCAAGGAGGAGCCGCCGCAAGAGCUUACGCGGAUGCUCGAAGGACGUACCGGCAUUCCCUUCAUCGACGCCAACAUCCGCGAGCUGCGAGAGAGUGGCUUCUUGAGCAAUCGAGGGCGACAGAACAUUGCAAGCUACGUCGCCCAUGAUCUGGGCUACGAUUGGCGCAUUGGCGCCGAGUUCUUCCAGUCGUAUCUCAUUGACUACGAUCCGACGUCCAACUACGGCAAUUGGGCGUACGUUGCCGGCGUUGGCAACGACCCACGAGCCUCGCGCCGCUUCAACAUCAUCAAGCAAGCCAAAGACUACGACAGCCAUGGCGAGUACGUCAAAACGUGGCUGCCUGUACUUCGAGGCCUGCCUACUUACUACGUGCACACGCCGUGGCUUCUCGACGCAGAAGAGAGGCGACGCUACGGCGUCAAGGCGAGCGAGCAGAUUGUCACGAUGGACAGCUAUCCGGGGCGGCCGAUGACGGAGGACGAAGGGUGGAAGAAGCAUUACGAGCGCAAGGAGGGAGCAGGGUCGAGGAUGCAUGGCAAUCCACAGGAGAAGGUCAAGGAUGGCAAGGUCAAGCGGUUCAGGAAGCCU